AUGGACACUGGCCAGCUAUCGCCUAUCAGCACCGAACUCGACAUCCCCGUCGGGGUCGACGCCUCUUCGGUACCGACCAUGAUUCAUUCCGCCGCCUCGUCCAGUGUCGAAUCGUGGAGCACCGGCUAUAGCGACGGCGCCGAAGGGAGCGAGGACCCCGACCAGGACAUGCCGUGGGAGAAAGACUCGGAUGACGUCCUGGCGGUUCCCAAGAUCGAACCCCUCGACGAUGGCUUCCACAUGGACGAGGUCAAGGAAGCCCCCCGGACGGCGGCGCCGGAGCCCAAGGCUGCGCCGAUGCCACCGGCGAAGAUGAAGAGGCCGAGAGGACGCCCCCGGAAACACCCACUCCCCCCGCAGGUGGCGACAAAUAAGGUGGCCAAGGGACGGUCCAAGACGGGGUGUAUUACGUGCCGGAAACGAAAAAAGAAGUGCGACGAGGCCAAGCCCCGCUGCCUGAAUUGUGAGAAGAACGCCGUCGUCUGCGAGGGUUACCACGAGAAGACGAUUUGGAAGAGUGGAAAGGAGAGGGCCGAAGAAGAGCGCCAGAGGCGGCAUAGCCUGCCACACAUUACGCUUCAACCCAUAUUCCAGGGAGUCGAGACGCCCGAGGAUAUGGUCUUUCUGAAUCACUACAUCAGCCACCUGAGCGGCGUGCUCACCGUAGAGGGACAGCACAAGAAUGCGUUCAAGGACAUGCUGCUCCAGAUGGCGGUAGAGCAUCGCGGCCUCAUGCACUCCAUCCUCUCCGUGUCCAGUAGACACAUCGACUACGACACCCCCUACGGCGCCAAGAUACUCAGCACCAACCCGAAGAUCACCUUGAACUCGCUGCUGGCCAGGUCCCACUUCCACCACCAGGCGGCCAUGAAGAAGCUCUGCGAGCCGGCCGGCGACGGCAACGACCCGAAGGACAAGGCUAACCUGUCCCCGCGGUACGGGCAGAUGCUCUGCCUCCUGCUCCAGACGCUGGUCGAGGGCAACCCCAACGGCAACCACCGGGUACACCUGCAGGCCUACAAGAACCUCAUCCACCAGUCCCCGCCGCCGGACAACGCGUUCCUCGUCUUCAUCACCGAGUUCUUCCAGUACCGCGUCUUUGCCGACGAGCUCAUCCGGUACCCCGACGGCCGCAUCCCCCGGCUAGCGACCGAGGACUGGGAGCCCUGGCUCGAGAUCCGGCCGGCGCGCCUCAUCGGCAUCGCCGACGGCCUCUUCCACUACCUCGUGCAGAUCACCACCAUCCGCAAUACCAUCCGCGCCAACAUGGCCGCCGAGGCCGACCCCGUCGUCGACUACACCUCGCUGUACCGCGCCGCCGAGAUCGACUCGGCCAUCCGCGAGUGGACGCCGCAUUGGCCCCCGGGCGACAGCCGCGACCGAGUCGGCCUCCUGUACAAGCAGAUGAUGUGGGUGUACCUAUUCCGGACCAUCUACCCGCCCUCGUCGACGACCUCGCCAUCGGGCCAAUCCUUCCACCCGCCCGCGGUGACGGCGGCAGCGACGGCGACAGCCAUCGUCGUGCCCCUGUCGCCGACGUCGCAACCGCACUCGGCGCGCACGCCGCCGUCGUCUGCCUCGCGUCCCUCGAGCAGCCACACGGGCGGCGGCAGCAGCAGCAGCACGGCGAGCUCGCCACCGUCGCCGCCACCACGACCUCUACCGCUGGCCCGACAGCCGCUGCCGGCGGCGCGUGGGCCACGGACGGAGUCGCCGCCGCCGAUCCGGUACCCGCCGCACCACGACCACCGGAUCACGCUCGCGGUGGACGAGUCGCUGGCGAUCCUGGACUCGUUCAAGCCGAGCGACCCGGUGCAGACGCUGCUGCUGGUGCCGUGCCUGGUGAUCGGGUGCGCGUGCUUCGCGCCGCCGCAGCGCGAGCGCGUGCGCGCGGCGGUGCGCACGGUCCGCGGCUACACGGGCCUGCGCAACUGCGACCGAGUCGCCGACGUGCUCGAGGAGGUCUGGCGCCUCAUGGAGCGCGGCGACUGGUCCCGCGUCUGGGACUGGCAGGGGGUCGCGCGUGGCAUGGGCCUCGACUUCUCGUGCGCCUGA